AUCAUAAAAUAUUAUAAACUAAGAUUCAAUAAUAUAAUAAUUUCUCCAUUUUAGAUAACUAGGACUCGGAGUAGGAUUCUGCAUCCAACCAAAAAGCUGUUUGCUUCUUUCUCUUUCGUCGGACGUUAAUGGUGAAUCCGUGCUCUGCAUAGUCGGUUCAGUGUAUGCAUACACAGGAAAAAGCUAUACAUACAGAGGCAUUGUUCUGGAGCUAGCUGGUUGAUCCGAGAUUACUUGUUGGAUUUGUUAGGAGUAAGACUUAUUUUGGAAAAGAGUGAGUUUGGCAUUACUCGCGGAGUUUUUGAGAAGUCCUGAAGUAUUUGAAUUGGAAGGUGUGGUAGUUGGUGCGUUAGUUUUCUGAGGAGUGAUUUUCUUUUCUGAAUUCUGUUGUUGUGGUUAGAGUGGGUGGUUGAAAGGAUCAAUUAAGCUGGUUUAUAGUUCAACUAUUUAAUUCAUAGGGUGUAGCUGCUGAAUUUAUUGCAAUUGAUGAAAGCUUGGCUAUUAGAUUCUACCAAUGCCAGUUGAAGUUGUUUGGGACUUGAAUGAUAUUUACAAGGGAUUGUGUCUUACAAUAGGUUGUAGCUUAUGUGGACCUUGGAGGUUCAAGUCAAAACAAUAGCUAGUACUUGUGGAGUGCAUCAGCUCAAAUUUAAGGGGUCUGCAAAAUCUGGUCAUGAGAAGCCCUUUGUUCAACAAGCUAUCCAUAAUAUUCGGCCCUAGACCACCACUCAAUUGGUUGCUCUUGCUUCUUGUCAGCAUAUUUGGGCUAAUAUCAUUGUUGGGAUCAUCUUCCUCGAGUGCUUUUGACUCUGUUACUUCUUCAAAACCUAACAUUUAUACAAAUUAUAGAAGGUUGAAGGAGCAAGCAGCAGGAGAUUACCUGGAACUAAGGAGCAUUUCCCAUGGAUCUAACCGGAUAAAGAAUGUUGGUAUUUGUAGCAAGGAUAGAGAGAACUAUGUACCUUGCUACAAUGUGUCUGCAAAUUUGCUUUCUGGAUUUAAGGAUGGGGAGGAGUUUGAUCGGUAUUGUGAAGUAUCACAAGAUCUGCAGGAUUGUUUAGUGCGUCCGCCUAAGGACUAUAAGAUUCCUUUGACUUGGCCUGCAGGAAGGGAUGUCAUCUGGAGCGGAAAUGUGAAGUUAACCAAAGGCCAUUUCCUUUCAUCUGGAGGCAUGACAAAAAGGCUAAUGUUACUAGAAGAGAAUCAAAUUGCUUUCCGUUCAGAUGAUGGAGCAGUUGUUGAUGACGUCAAAGACUACUCUCACCUAAUUGCAGAGUUGAUUGGGUUAGGAAGUGACACUGAACUUCUUCAAGCUGGUGUGCACAAUGUACUAGAUAUUGGCUGUGGAUUUGGUAGCUUUGGGGCUCACUUACUCUCUCUAAAGUUGAUGCCUCUUUGUGUGGCAGCAUAUGAAUCUUCAAGUAGCCAAGUCCAGUUAGCACUUGAGAGAGGACUUCCAGCAGUGAUUGGCAACUUCAUUGCUAAUCAGCUUCCAUUCCCAUCACUGUCAUAUGACAUGGUUCAUUGUGCUCAGUGUGGGAUCAUAUGGGAUAAGAAAGAUGGACUAUUUCUUAUUGAAGCUGACCGUAUAUUGAAGCCUGGAGGCUACUUUGUGUUAACCUCACCUACAAGCCAGCAAAAUGGAAAUUUUAUAAGUUCAAAGAAGGGAAGACUAUCAACUCCAUUUGAAAAGUUCUCCAGGGAAAUUUGUUGGAACCUUUUGGCCCAACAAGAAGAAACUUUCAUCUGGCAGAAGACAGUCGAUUCUCAGUGUACUAGGAAGCAGGGAGCUGUACCUAUUUGUAAUGGAGAGGAUAUUCAAACUUAUUACCAACCACUUGCACAUUGUAUUUCAGGGACAGCCAACAAUAGAUGGAUUCCCAUUCAUGCCAGAACUGGCCCUCUGAACUCAACUGAACUUGAAAUUCAUGGUAUUCAUCCUGAAGAUUUCUAUGAGGACUUAGAGUUCUGGAGAUCUUCAUUGAGAAACUAUUGGUCUUUGCUGUCACCCUUAAUUUUCUCUGACCAUCCAAAGAGGCCUGGGGAUGAGGAUCCAUUGCCUCCAUAUAAUAUGGUUCGGAAUGUUAUGGAUAUGAAUGCAUAUUAUGGGGGAUUAAAUGCUGCAUUAUCUGAAGCAGGAAAAUCAGUGUGGGUGAUGAAUGUUGUGCCUCUUGGGGUGCGCAAUACACUUCCUCUCAUACUUGAUCGAGGAUUUGCAGGCAUUCUGCAUAACUGGUGUGAAUCAUUUCCUACAUACCCUAGAACAUUUGACAUGCUUCAUGCCAAUGGGCUCCUUUCACACCUUAGUUCACAAAGAUGCAGUAUGAUUGAUCUACUUUUCGAGAUGGAUCGUAUUUUAAGGCCCGAGGGAUGGGUUAUUAUAUCAGAUAAAUUGGGCCAUAUAGAAAAGGCUCGUAUGUUUGCCACACAGAUCCGCUGGGAAGCCAGGGUGAUUGACCUCCAGAAUGGAAGUGAUCAGCGGCUACUUGUAUGUCAAAAGCCAUUUGUGAAAAGGAGAGAACUGCACAAUAAGGCUUCAAAAUUUGGUGCAGUGUUUCUGGAGGUUGAGGAACAAGGGGAAGUUAUUGCAAACGCGGAGGAAGAACUCGUGGGUGAGGUGGAAGGGCGUUUUGUGGAGGCUGUUGUGCAGCUUCUCCACGGAGGAAUGCUGUUGCUGGUAGAGAAUUGUGCAGACACGGAGGAGGAAUUAGUGCGAAUCAACCUCAAGGAAAUCGGACCCGUCAAGCUGCGGGGAUCUAGGACCGAGCCCACCCCGCUCGCUACCCAGUCUAAGCCUCGUGCUUGGCCACCCAGGCCGAGCCCCGUUCUCAACCAAUUACUGGGUCUUUGGUCAGUGUGGAUCAAGCCAGAAAACAAAAACUCUCUCGUCUGUGAUCCUAACAUGGCGUCAGAAAAGGAGAGGGAGACCCAUGUUUACAUGGCCAAGCUUUCCGAACAAGCCGAACGUUAUGAAGAAAUGGUGGAGUACAUGAAGAAUGUGGCGAAACUGAAUGUGGAGCUGACGGUGGAGGAGAGAAACUUGCUGUCUGUGGGGUACAAGAAUGUGAUUGGAGCCAGGAGAGCUUCAUGGAGGAUCAUGUCUUCUAUAGAGCAGAAAGAGGAGUCGAAGAGCAACGAACACAAUGUGAAGCUCAUCAAGACUUAUCGUCAGAAGGUUGAGGAUGAGCUCUCCAACAUCUGCCAUGAGAUUCUUCAAAUCCUUGACAACCACUUGAUCCCAUCUUCCAAAACUGGAGAGGCCACUGUCUUCUAUUACAAGAUGAAAGGUGACUAUUUCCGGUAUCUAGCCGAGUUCAAGGCUGACCAAGAAAAGAAAGAGGCUUCUGAUCAAUCACUCAAGGGCUAUGAGGCAGCUUCGGGUUAUGCUAGCACAGAACUUGCUUCCACUCAUCCAAUCCGUCUUGGCCUUGCUCUCAACUUCUCUGUCUUCUACUAUGAGAUUCUCAACUCCCCAGAAAGGGCCUGUCACUUGGCUAAGCAAGCAUUUGAUGAGGCAAUUGCAGAGUUGGACACUUUGAAUGAGGAGUCCUAUAAGGACAGCACCUUAAUUAUGCAGCUCUUGAGAGACAACCUCACCCUCUGGACUUCUGAUAUGCCUGAAGAUGGAGGUGAAGAGAACUCAAAAGCUGAUGAACCAAAAGGGGAUCAAGCAAAAGCUGAACCAGAACCUGGAAGCCAUUAAUGUUGGAACCUGGGACUAUGCAUCAAACAUUAUUAUAAUACGCGAAAACACCUGCAGAAGAAUGCUUCAUACAUACAAAGAGCAGCUUUUGGGAUUUAGCAAUGGAAUGCAAUUAGCCAGACUAGCUUAGCUGCCUGCAAUUUAUUAUUUCUCCUGAAUUGUGUUACUUGUAUUAGGUUCUGUCUUUUGAAUUUCUAUAUAUUUACUUCAAGAACAGAAAACUUUAUCAUCUGAUUUAAUAUAUUGUCCUCUCAACUUCUGGAGGCUUUUCUA